GGCGGCCGCAGUCCCCUCCACGUAGGGGAAACUGAGGCGAGAGGCCGGGGGCCGGAGAGGCGAGCGGGUCAGGAUGGAGGAGGACGUGCUGACCACCCUGAAGAUCUUAAUCAUCGGGGAGAGCGGGGUGGGCAAGUCCAGCCUUCUGUUGAGGUUCACAGAUGAUACCUUUGAUCCGGAGCUUGCAGCAACAAUAGGUGUUGACUUCAAGGUGAAAACCAUUUCAGUUGAUGGAAAUAAGGCAAAACUUGCAAUAUGGGACACAGCGGGUCAAGAGCGGUUCAGAACACUGACACCAAGCUAUUACAGAGGUGCCCAAGGUGUUAUACUAGUUUAUGAUGUUACGAGAAGAGACACUUUUGUUAAAUUGGAUAAUUGGUUAAACGAAUUGGAAACAUACUGCACAAGGAAUGACAUAGUGAAAAUGCUUGUUGGAAACAAAAUUGAUAAGGAAAAUCGGGAAGUUGAUAGAAACGAAGGUCUAAAAUUUGCACGGAAGCAUUCCAUGUUGUUUAUAGAGGCAAGUGCAAAAACCUGUGAUGGAGUACAGUGUGCCUUUGAAGAACUCGUUGAAAAGAUCAUUCAGACCCCCGGGCUCUGGGAAAGUGAAAACCAGAACCGAGGGGUGAACCUAUUGCAUGGGGAAGAAGGCCAUGGUGGAGGAGCCUGUGGUGGAUAUUGUUCUGUGUUAUAAACCCGGGGAAGUGCUGUCUCUUGCAUAUUUAAUCAGACACCUUUCUGUAUAUAAACUCAUUAACUGCUAUUUUAGGGACCUUGCAGUUUGCACAGAUUUGUUUUGUAUCAUGGCAAUGAACACUUGUACAAAAAAACCCCACUCAUCAGCUCUCCCUGGUAAAAUGUUAUAGUAAGCAUGCACAGUUUGCAAUUUUGGGUUUUUAUGUAGCAUAAAAUUGAUUUGCAUUAAUAAGUGCACUCAGUUUUAUGUCAUCCAUCCAUCAUGUAAUUUUUAAAAACACCUAGCAAAUAUACAUUGCUACACUCUCUGCUCUUGGUCUCCUUUUGUAUAGUUAAAUGCUUUUUCGUCCGAUUAUUGGAUUGCUUCACGUGCACAACUCAGAAUUCUGGGAGCUAUAAGUGCAACAGAGCUCUUCCUGGUAAAUUUAUUUGCAAGUAUUACAGAAAUAGCAUGAUCACUCAGCUUUUACAGGAAGCUGGCUGUUACCGAUUUUUUUUUCUUAAUACUAAGCAAAAUUGAUUCCUACAUAGUAUGACCUCCACCUUAUCAACUGUGUUUGUUCUGAUGAUGCUUCUAAAUUAGCACCGGGAAGUCGAACAUAAUUGGGACUUACAUUGUUUUUUAAUCCACCUCAGUCAAUAACUCAGUUACCUAACUGGAGUUUUAAUCCUGUGGUUUCUACCGUAGAUGCAAAGCACUUUGACACAGCAGUUUUCAUACUGCAGCAUCUGACAGAGUGAUACUAUGGUUUUAUUUGAUUUUGGUUCUAGAAGGGUAUGAAUAGCUUGUUCUUAUUGUGAAACAUACGUACCACAUUUUAAGGCCAACACUUCUUUUAUAAAUGUUGGCAGUGUGAGUAUAUCAACUGUAGCUAGUUUGUUGUUAUGAAAAUCUCUAUUAUAUAGUUACUUUAUAUGGCUAGGUGAUAUUUGGAAUUCUAUUUCCUUGUUUUGAGGGAUUGGAGAGACACACACUAAGGUGACUUGCGGAAAGACCUAUUCAGGACUCUUCAUAUGUAUGGGGAAAAUACUGUUGUAAUAUCUUGGGUUUAUUGUAGCAAGCAACCAAUGGUUUAUCAAAACUUGUACAGACUAAUAAACUUUUUCCACAGUAUU